AUGCUCAAGUCUAUAUCCACCAGAUUAGUUGCUCGUAGGGGCCUUUCCAACUCUGGUAUGUUGUUCAAGCCAGCUGUAGCUGCUGAUUAUGCUGCCACUGCAGGUUCUGCCAUGGGUGUUUUACCUAAAGGGUUCAGACAACCUCAACCCAAAUCAUGGGAAGAAGAUAAUGAGAGUGCUUUAAGUAAAGCCACCAAAUUCUUUUUCUUAAAUGAAAUUGCUAGAGGGAUGUAUGUUUGUUUGGAAAUGUACUUUAAGACUCCCUUCACCAUCUAUUAUCCUUUUGAAAAGGGUCCAAUUUCUCCCAGAUUCAGAGGUGAACAUGCCUUAAGAAGGUAUCCAAGUGGUGAAGAAAGAUGUAUUGCCUGUAAGUUAUGUGAAGCCAUCUGUCCUGCUCAAGCCAUUACCAUUGAAGCCGAAGAAAGAAUCGAUGGCUCCAGAAGAACUUAUAAGUAUGAUAUUGAUAUGACAAAGUGUAUUUACUGUGGUUACUGUCAAGAAUCAUGUCCUGUGGAUGCAAUUGUUGAAACUCCAAACACUGAGUAUACCACUUGGACUAGAGAAGAAUUGUUAUACAACAAGGAAAAGUUAUUGGAAAAUGGUGAUAAAUGGGAACAAGAAUUACAAUACUGUAUUGAUGCCGAUGCUCCAUACAGAUAA